CUCUCGCUUGGAGCGGUCCCUUUCCUCCGCCGCGGUCUGGCUUUCCUGACGUGUUUUGUUUGCGACGCUGUCGUGUAACAGUGCGCUUUACGGCCGCGGGGACGGAGCGGGCCGGCGCCAGAGCCAAUCCGGCCAGGAAGCAGGGCAGGCGAGCGAGGUUGAUGCCCGGCGGCGGGACGAGCGCGGCGUCUGGCCGGCUUCUUACCGCCGCAGAGCAAAGGGGGUCCCGGGACGCAGCAGGGUCGGCGUCUAGGAGCGGCCCGGGGGUCUCCGGCGGUGGCAGAGGCGGAGCAAGCGGUUCCAGGCCGGGAAGUGGAGGCCCGGGGGCCCCCGCGGGCAGGAUGAGCCUGACCCCGAAGGAGCUCUCGAGCCUGCUGAGCAUCAUUUCGGAGGAGGCGGGCGGUGGCAGCACUUUCGAGGGCCUGUCCACCGCUUUCCACCACUAUUUCAGCAAGGCCGACCACUUCCGCCUGGGUUCGGUACUCGUCAUGCUGCUGCAGCAGCCGGACCUGCUGCCUAGCGCGGCGCAGCGUCUCACCGCACUCUACCUGCUCUGGGAGAUGUACCGCACCGAGCCGCUCGCCGCCAACCCCUUCGCUGCCAGCUUCGCGCACCUGCUCAACCCAGCUCCUCCCGCCCGUGGAGGCCAGGAGCCGGACCGGCCCCCGCUCUCAGGAUUUUUACCUCCUAUAACUCCACCAGAAAAGUUUUUUCUUUCCCAGCUGAUGCUGGCACCCCCAAGGGAACUCUUCAAGAAGACACCUCGCCAGAUUGCAUUGAUGGAUGUGGGAAACAUGGGCCAGUCUGUGGACAUAAGUGGGCUUCAGUUAGCCUUGGCAGAGCGCCAGUCUGAGUUGCCAACUCAAAGUAAAGCUAGCUUCCCUAGUAUUCUCAGUGACCCAGACCCGGAUUCUUCUAAUUCUGGAUUUGACAGCUCAGUUGCCUCACAGAUCACAGAAGCUUUAGUCAGUGGACCAAAACCACCUAUUGAAAGCCAUUUUCGGCCAGAGUUUAUCCGCCCCCCACCUCCACUGCACGUCUGUGAGGAUGAGCUGGCAUGGCUGAAUCCCACAGAGCCCGACCACAGCGUUCAGUGGGAUAAGUCCAUGUGUGUGAAGAACAGCACUGGUGUGGAGAUCAAGCGAAUAAUGGCCAAAGCCUUCAAAAGCCCCUUGUCUUCUCCCCAGCAGACACAGCUCCUUGGUGAGUUGGAAAAAGACCCCAAACUUGUUUACCAUAUUGGCCUCACUCCAGCCAAACUUCCUGACCUUGUGGAAAACAACCCUUUAGUUGCUAUAGAAAUGUUGCUGAAAUUAAUGCAGUCAAGCCAGAUCACUGAGUAUUUCUCUGUCCUGGUAAAUAUGGACAUGUCCUUACAUUCAAUGGAAGUUGUAAAUCGACUAACCACAGCUGUUGAUCUACCUCCUGAGUUUAUUCACCUUUAUAUCUCGAAUUGCAUUUCCACUUGCGAACAAAUUAAGGAUAAGUAUAUGCAGAAUCGUUUGGUACGUCUUGUGUGUGUGUUUCUCCAGUCUUUGAUCCGGAACAAAAUUAUUAAUGUACAAGACUUGUUCAUAGAAGUGCAGGCAUUCUGUAUCGAAUUCAGUAGGAUACGAGAAGCUGCUGGUCUUUUCCGGUUGUUGAAGACAUUGGAUACUGGGGAAACACCUUCUGAGACCAAAAUGUCAAAAUAAUACCUCAUUGCAACUAUCCCAUCCAUUCACUGUUCAGCUGUACUGUGAUUUAGAUUUUAAAACUGUUAAAACUAAAGUGGAUUGUUUGGUCUAAUGCAUAUAAAGAACACUUCAUGUA